UAGUUGUCUGUUUGGCAAUAUCGUUUCCACUCUCUUUUCCCCUUUGUUGGCUGCGAAUGUCUUCUUCUCGCCCGAAGGAAGGAAAUCGAGGGAAAAUGAAAAUGGAAGGAAUAGGAAGCGCAUCGGCGGGCGGAGCAGUGCGUUACACCUUGAAUCCGACGCGGAUAAACAGCGAGGACAUACUAUUUUGCGUGGAUGUGGACGCAGAGUCGCUUGUUGAAAUGAAAACAGCGGGAGUCACCAGAUUGGAUUCCAUAAAGCAAGCCAUCCUUCUCUUCGUCAACUCCAAGAUCUCUAUCAACCCCGAUCACCGCUUCGCUUUCGCCACUCUCUCCAAAUCCGCCUCUUGGCUUAGAAAAGAGUUCAGCAGUGAUGUCGAGUCUACCAUUGCUGCGGUUCGAGCUCUCUCGGCUACCACCGUCUCUUCUAGUCAAGCAGAUCUCACCAAUUUGUUCCGCUCAGCAGCUCAUGAAGCCAAGAAGUCUCGUGCCCAGAACCGCAUUUUAAGAGUGAUUCUUAUUUACUGCAGAUCAUCAACACGACCCCGUCAUCAAUGGCCCAUAAACCAGAAGCUCUUCACUUUGGAUGUGAUGUACCUCCAUGACAAACCUGGACCGGAUAAUUGUCCCCAAGCAGUCUACGAUGCACUUGUUGAUGCACUUGAACAUGUAAGUGAGUACGAAGGGUACAUCCACGAGAGUGGACAUGGGCUACCACGUACCCUCUUCCGUUUCAUGUCCAUGUUGUUGUGUCACCCUCAGCAACGUUGCCCUCAAGAUGACUGUGAUAUUCCCAAGCCUCUUAUGAAGAAGUCAGCUGAACCUGCAAAUGGUGAAGAUAAUGUCCAUGUAUCCACCAGUAGGUGAGAGCCUCAACAACCAGACAUUCAUGUGGCUUCCAGUCCUUUGGUAAUUUUAUCAGUAUGAUCUCUGCAUGUGUGCUGAAAUCAUGAUCUAUGAACAAGAUAACCUAUUCGAUCUUCUGCAAACUUUAUGUAAAUAUGGAACCUUUUUCUCUGUGUUUGUCAAAUUGUCAAAUUGUUCCAUUUCAUAUAAGAUGCAAUGGUUUCAUCAUUA